CCCCUUUGCCGAAAUCCCCGACAGAGGUCUCCCGUCUCUCCAGGCCACUUCACUGCCGAAUUCCAAUAUCACACACCACACCAGAAUUCCCAUUCCCAUUUCCACUUCAAAUUCUCCUUUUUGCAAAGUCAGCACCAUUAUCAUCGAUUCAUUUCCCACUUUACCACCACUCACUCCCCAAUCCCUUCCUAAUCCUCCCACCAAUCAAUAAUUCGCGGAGGCGGAGAUGGCCGGGUACAGGGCGGAGGACGAGUACGAUUAUCUCUUCAAGCUCGUGCUAAUAGGCGAUUCCGGCGUUGGUAAAUCCAAUCUUCUAUCCAGGUUUACCAAGAACGAGUUCAAUCUCGAGUCCAAGUCCACAAUAGGAGUUGAAUUUGCCACCAGAAGCCUUACCAUCGACGGAAAAGUCAUCAAGGCUCAGAUUUGGGACACCGCCGGCCAGGAAAGGUACCGUGCCAUUACUAGUGCUUACUAUCGAGGAGCUGUUGGCGCAUUGCUUGUAUAUGACGUGACACGGCGUGCUACAUUUGAGAAUGUAUUGAGAUGGCUCAAGGAGUUGAGGGAUCAUACCGAUCCAAGCAUUGUGGUCAUGCUCAUUGGCAACAAAUCAGAUCUCAGACAUCUCGUGGCUGUGUCAACUGAGGAUGGCAGAGAAUUGGCUGAACGUGAGUCUCUCUACUUCAUGGAGACGUCUGCUCUGGAAGCAACAAAUGUUGAUAAUGCCUUCAGUGAAGUCCUCACUCAAAUUCACCAAAUCCUGAGCAGAAAGGCGGUUGAAGCCACUGACGACAAUGCUGCUUCCUCUGUUUUGCCUAAGGGGGAGACAAUUAACCUCAAAGAUGAGACAUCUAUUUGGAAGAAAUUCAGUUGCUGCUCAAGCUAGAUCGACAAUCGUUGAGGUUCAUAGGGGCAAGCUUGGAUGCACAGAACCUGAAAAUAUGGGAAAGAGGUAUUUUCAUGCCAACGCCGUAGAUGUGAGAAAACAGUGUGUUAUUACUGGUAAGCCUAUACGAUGUUAUGCCUUAAAGAUGCAUUUGGAACAUGGCAUGAUUUGGGAAUUCUUGUGUAUUGAAAACCUUUUCAAGGUAUAAUGUCUACAAGAAUUUAUAUUCA